UCCCUCCCCGGGCCAGAGCGGCGAGCACAGGGCGCCUGGGCUGCUAAAUGCUGCUCCCUCAAAGGGACGAUGGUGGAGGGCUGGUAAAGAUGGCGGCGCUCUCCGAGGAUGGGAGGUAUGGAUUAAAUUGUGGCCAACAGACCGCAGAUAGAGUCACCGUAUUACACGUCAAAUUGACCGAGACGGCGCUGAGAGCCAUAGAGGGCCACCAAAAUUGUAUGAAUGUACCUUCACAGCCAACAAUACAAUUCAAGGGACUCCAAGGGCGCAUUAAAAUUCCCAAGAACGAUUCCUCCUCGGACACCUUCCACACUUUUGAUUUUUACCUGUCUAAUGUGGGCAAGGACAACCCUCAGGGAAGCUUUGAGUGCAUCCAGCAGUAUGUGUCGAGCUCAGGGGCCUCACACCUGGCAUUGUUGGGGACCGUUCAGGACAAGGUCACAGUGUGUGCCACUAAUGACUCCUACCAGGUGACCCGGGAACGCAUGACCCAGGCUGCCGAGGACACACGUGAACGUGGGACCAAAGUCAUCAAGCCUGGAGGCCGGUACAGAGGAAAGCAAGUCCAUAUGCGGAAGCCGGCGCUAUCAGGCCAAGAUGUGGUUCCAGAGCGCAAGCGCUCCACACCCAUCAACCCAGCCAACACUAUUCGCAAGUGCCUUUCCAAUAACCCUGUGUCGCAGCGCUCCUUCAGGGAUCGCAUCAUCCACCUGCUGGCGCUCAGGUCCUACAAGAAGCUGGAGGUGCUUGCCCGUUUGCAGCGGGACGGUAUCAACCAGAAGGACCGAAACUCACUGGGGACCACCCUGCAACAGGUGGCAAACCUAAACCCCAAAGACAACACAUACUCAUUGAAGGACUUUAUUUAUCGUGACGUCCAUCGAGACUGGCCGGGUUACUCUGAAGAUGAGAAGACGCAGGUUGACCGGAACGUGGCUCGCAAAUUAGGUCUUCCUACUGAGAUCCUCUCAUCCAGCAGUUCUCCCAAAGAGGGUGUACCCACAUCCCCCCAGAAACGUCCGGCAGACUUUGACUUUAUUGAUCCUUUGGCCCCCAAGAAAGCCCGCAUCUCCCACCUCAGCAAUCGGGGGCCAGCCACAUCCUCCUCUGACCGCCGCGAGGAGGACGACGGCCCCAGCUCCAAGCGCUCGUCCCUCCCCGCCAACGUCACCUCGGGCCCUCCUCCCCAUCUCCCAGUCCCGUCCCACCCCCCCGCUCCUUCUCACCAGCAGCCCAGCCCCGCCUCAAACUCCAACUCACCCAGCACCCCGGAGGGCUGCGGCACCCAGGACCUGCCUAUUGACCAGAGCUCCUCCUGCAGAGACCCUUCCCCCAGCCCUUUCUCCUCCGACAGGACUCUGCAGGAGCACUAUCCGCACCCUGUCCCCGUGGCCAGACCGACCACCUCCCCUAGUCCCCCCCGUCCUCCUCCGGCACCUCCUUGCACCUCACUUACAGUUACUUCCACUGUCAUCACCAGCCCUCCCUUGUCCAGCAGUACCAACAAGAAGUUUAAAAAGAAAUCCAAGAAGCACAAAGAAAAGGAUCGAGAGAGAGAGAAAGGGAAACGGACGGAAAAAAGUAGCAGAAGUCCUCCCGGCGUAGCAGAGCAGGCCGAAGACACUCAUAAGGCCAAAAAGAAGCGCAAUGCAGAAGAGAACCAAGAAGUUAUCGACAAAAUUACUCCCAAAGAUCCAGGCCCUUCAGAUAAAGAGAAACCAGUCCCAUCCAGCGAGUUCCCCCCCACCAUUGAGACGCCCGACUAUGUAGUGAAGUACAUGCCCAUGGUGUCCAUGGACCAGCGGCAAAGCUACAAGGACGACUUUAACGCGGAGUACGAAGAGUAUCGCCAGCUACACGCCCGCGUGGAGAACAUCACCCGCCGCUUCACCGAGCUGGAUUCCAAGUGCCGGAAGCUGGCCCCCGGCACCAAAGAAUACCAGAAGGUGCAAGAAGAAGUCCUGAAAGAGUACAAAAAGAUGAAACAACACAGCCCCAACUACCAAGAGGAGAAACAGCGAUGCGAGUACCUGCACAAUAAGUUGGCCCACAUCAAGCGGCUGAUUGCUGAUUUUGACCAGCGCAGAUCCCAGGCCUGGUGCUGAGGCCAACGCACGCCGCCGCUCCGCUAAUCAGUGUUGAGAAAGGAGUGUCUAACCGGGAGGGUGUCUCCAACUGGCUGUUAUUUAUGAACACCCCUUCAGUUACUGGCUGCACUACAGCGCCCCCCCCCUCUCUUACACCAUAUCAUCCUUUUUCAUUCCUAGCUACUUUUUUUUUUUCUCCUAUUUUUGAUUCCACUGGCUUCAUUGUUGCCUGCGAUCUUGGAAAUCUCACUUUGACUUUACCCCCAUCUUUUGCUUUCUCUAAGUUUCUUCUGAAUGGGCUCCUGUGGAACUUCAUACCGCUGGUCCAGUGGAAGAUUAUGCCUGCAUGUGUGAAGGAGUUUAGGGGGGUAAACCGUCAACUCUUCUAAUCUUUGAAGGACUUUAUCUUCAGGCAAAAAAAAGAACAAAAAAAGUAUUUUUGAGCAUCAGAGAAAAUAUUAACUUGUAUUUAAGUAUAAAAAAAAGAGGGAGAUCUAUUUAUUUUGGGACUCGUAGUACAAAGAGUCCGCAGAUGAUAUAUUGUUUAACUUUUGUUGAAAACAAUGCAAAAAAAUUACCGCGGGCCUUAUGUGUUUUGACUUUGAAGCCAUUUUGCACGCAAGAUCCAUUAUGUAAUCUCAUUUGGCAAAGAUCUCUCGCCCGCCUUGUUUCCUCUCUUUUGAUAACAACUGAACUGGAUUACCUUGUUUCAACACAAUAAUGUUGAGUUUUAAGGCUGACAGGGAAGGAAAUGAGGCGGUCAGCAGAAAUCAAUUGAGCUGAUUGAGAAGCAACAGUAUGUGUGCAUGAAUUGUAAAUUUUGUUGUAUUGGCCACGUGUGGGUGAGGGUAACACGAGGAUUAUGAUCCCCUGUCUGUAGGGGGCAGGAUUCCUUGCACCAACAGUGUUUAGUGUUCAUGGUGCAUUAUGGGUGCCUUAAGGUGUUUACACCCAGAAACGUCAAGUUGGGCCGACCCUUUGGGUCUACAGGCUACACAAAGGAACUAUAACUGCCUGGAAACAGGAUGUGUGUGCGUGUGUAUGUCAGAAGUAAAUGAAGGAACGGAUGUCAAGUCUGAAAGGAGUGUUACAACUGGUGUGUUUGUGUGUGUGUACGGUUGAGCAUUAUGUGGAGUGACAGGUGUGUUAAAAAAAAAGAAAAAGAGAGAAAAA